AAUGUUCUUUGGCAACGAAUUUUUUCAUCCGGGGCUCGACGCGUGUACGACGACUUACCGUCGGCUAGGAGGUCGUAUCGGUCAAAUUGAAAACAUAACUCUUCAAAUUUAUUUACAGAUUACUGAAUUCUCAAACAUCGUCCAAAAUGUAUCGAGCAUUUGGUCGAGCUUCUUCUGUGCUACUUAAAGUAGCUAAACCUUCAAUAUCUAUCUCUAAAAUAGCUGGAGAAGGAUCUAAAUUUUUACCUUGUUUGUGGUCCACAUCUAAUCAAAACUAUGCAUCAGCGGCAGCUGCUACACGAUCGAAGGGAAAAAUUGUUGCAGUCAUUGGUGCUGUUGUUGAUGUUCAAUUCGAUGAAAACUUGCCACCUAUUUUAAAUGCUUUAGAAGUAGAAGGACGAAAGCCUAGAUUGAUUUUGGAAGUAGCUCAACAUUUAGGAGAGAGCACAGUUCGUACAAUUGCUAUGGAUGGUACUGAAGGGUUAGUACGUGGCCAAGUUGUUUUAGAUACAAAUUCACCAAUCAAAAUUCCUGUUGGACCUGAAACUUUAGGAAGAAUUAUAAAUGUUAUUGGUGAACCUAUUGAUGAAAGAGGCCCUGUAGUUACUGACAAAUAUGCAGCUAUCCAUGCAGAAGCACCAGAAUUCGUUGACAUGAGUGUAGAGCAAGAAAUUUUAGUAACUGGUAUUAAAGUUGUAGACUUGCUAGCUCCAUAUUCAAAGGGAGGAAAAAUUGGUCUGUUUGGGGGUGCCGGUGUCGGCAAAACUGUACUAAUUAUGGAACUUAUCAACAAUAUUGCUAAAGCUCAUGGUGGUUACUCUGUAUUUGCUGGAGUUGGAGAACGAACCAGAGAAGGUAACGAUUUGUACCAUGAAAUGAUUGAAGGUGGUGUCAUAAGUUUAAAAGAUAAAACUUCAAAAGUAUCCCUUGUAUACGGACAAAUGAAUGAACCUCCUGGCGCUCGUGCUAGAGUUGCUUUAACUGGUCUCACUGUUGCUGAGUAUUUCCGUGAUGAGGAAGGUCAAGAUGUGUUAUUGUUUAUUGACAACAUUUUCAGGUUCACACAAGCUGGCUCAGAAGUAUCUGCUUUGUUGGGUCGUAUUCCAUCUGCUGUAGGUUAUCAACCAACUUUGGCAACUGAUAUGGGUACCAUGCAGGAAAGAAUUACCACCACCAAAAAGGGUUCCAUUACGUCUGUACAGGCUAUUUAUGUACCUGCUGAUGAUUUGACAGAUCCUGCUCCAGCUACCACAUUCGCUCAUUUGGAUGCCACAACUGUAUUAUCUCGUGGUAUUGCUGAGUUGGGUAUUUACCCCGCCGUGGAUCCUCUUGAUUCAACAUCUAGGAUUAUGGACCCCAACGUUGUGGGUCGAGAACAUUACGAUGUUGCUCGUGGUGUGCAAAAAAUUUUGCAAGAUUAUAAAUCACUUCAAGAUAUCAUUGCUAUUUUGGGUAUGGAUGAGUUGUCUGAAGAAGAUAAGCUUACUGUCUCCCGUGCUCGUAAAAUCCAAAGGUUUUUGUCUCAACCUUUCCAAGUAGCUGAAGUCUUCACUGGACAAGCAGGAAAAUUUGUUCCUUUAGCUGAAACUAUUAAGGGAUUCCAGAGUAUAUUAGCAGGUGAAUAUGAUCACUUACCAGAAGUUGCAUUCUACAUGGUAGGACCUAUUGAGGAAGUCAAACAAAAAGCUGAGAAGCUUGCUGAAGAAGCGUAAAAAUUGUAAUUAUAGACUGUAGCUUUAUUUUCCAUCUACAAAAUUAAAGAAAUUAGAUUUUUUCCAUUUGAAAAGAAUAUAAUUAUGUGGAUUAACGUUCAUCAGUAUAGAUCAUGCGUAACUGCACUUUUUCAGAUGUUUUACUGAAUAAAAUUUGUAUAAAAUUUG